AUGUCUAGGUGCUAUACUAGGUGGGUUCACCAUGGAGAGGAAGAAGAUGAUGUUGGACAAGAUGAAGAUGGAGAACUCGCUAUUGUACCUGAAGAUAUGUCAUUUGAUGGAAAUGACCAGGCAGCAUUUGACGAGGAAGGACAACUUGAAGAUGUCGUAGAUGACGGUGCAAGGAGUGUUCAGGGGUUGAUUCAAGAUUUGCGCGAUGCAGCAAGCCAUGGCUUUGGUGGUAAUUUAUAUAAACAACUCAUGGAAGAGGAAAAGCGUGAACUUUAUCUAGGUUGCACCGAGGAGACUAGGCUAUCAUUCAUUAUUAAACUGUUGCAUAUAAAAGUGUACAAUCGGAUAACAACAUCUGGGUUCGAUGCAUUCCUUGAGUUGCUUUCUUCAUAUUUGAAGAAUGUGCCCGGACUUCCUAAGUCCUAUAACGAGAUGAAAGCUCUGCUUCGGAAGAUUGGUUUUGGUUAUGUUUGUAUUGAUGUGUGCAAGUAUGAUUGUGCCUUGUUUUGGAAGGACCAUGAAGGCGAUGAUCAUUGCCCAGUUUGUGGCUUCACAAGAUGGAAUGUGAACAAGGAGGGUAGAAAGAAAGUUCCUCACAAGGUCCUCCGUUACUUUCCAAUAAUUCCAUGCCUUCAAAGGUUUUUUAUGUCAAAGCAGCGGGCACAAUAUGCAAGAUGGCACAAGGAAAAGAGGGUACCCAUUGAGAAUGAAAUGAGACAUCCUGCUGAUGGGGAAGCUUGGAAAGAUUUUGAUGAGACUUUCAAGCCUUUUGUAGAUGAUCCCCGUAGUUUGAGGUUAGGCAUUGCUACUGAUGGAUUUAACCCAUUUGGUCAGAUGAGUAAUUCAUAUAGCAUAUGCCCAGUGAUAGUUGUACCAUACAAUUUUCCACCAUGGAUGUGCAUGGACCAAUCCAAUUAUAUGCUUGCUUUACUAAUUCUAGGCAAAAAAUCACCAGGCAAAGAUUUCCAUGUGUUCAUGCAGCCUUUGAUAGCAGACUUGAUAGAGCUUUGGAAGGGUGUAAAAACUUAUGAUGCAGUUGAAGGCAAAGACUUCAGCCUGCGUGCAGCGAUUCUGUGGGGAAUCCAUGACUACCCUGCAUUAGGCACCAUGUCAGGCAAAACCACUAAGGGUUACUUUGCAUGUGUGCACUGUGAUGAGAAUCCAUGCUCCGAAUGUCUUAGAAACAAAAUUGGUUUCAUAGACCAUAGACGUUUCCUCCCUAACGACCAUGCUUGGAGGACAAACAAAUCUUUCAAUGGCAAGCAUGAAAAAAGAGAGAAGCCCAGGAAAUUUAGUGCAGAUGAGGUUAUGGAAAGGUUGGAUGAAGUUUGCUAUGUUCUAGGCAAGAAUCCAGAUAAGCCAAAAUCAAGAAAAUGA